GUGUCGGGGCCCCUGCUCCCGGCCCUUGAAGGACUGGGAGCAGGAACUUGCGCAAUCCCUUGGCUGAGUGUCUGCGGAGAAAGAAAAAGCGCAGAAGCCAAAGCGAGAGAGGAGCGAGCGAGGGGGGAGCCGAGCAAAGAGCCAUCCGGGCUCCCGCUCACGCCCUGACGCACGUCCCUGAAUGCUAGGGAUCCGGGAGAAUCCUGGAGACGGUCUGGUGUUCAAGAACGCACACGUUGUUUCCACCAUUUCACCGCCACCGCGCAGCUCCGGCGGCGACUGCAGCCUGCUGCAGAGGCGGCCGCUGCCCAAGACGCCCGCGUGGAUCCAUCCCCGGAGGGGUCCUGGGAGCGGGGGUCGUUUCUGGCGGCACGGAGAGGUGCUCGGCCGAGGAGCUCUAGCCUGGGACAACCCAGCUGCAGAAGAGGAAGGGUCUCCGAAGCUGUCGCAGGAAGCGCCGUCAGGGCGACAGUCACCCUUCCACGCUGACCCAGCCCCAGGCCGUCGGCGCUGCCGAUCUGUCAGGGAUCUGCAGCGACCUUGUCUGGAUAAACCCGUCGUUAGGGGAGGAGCUGAGCUUCCCGACACUCCGCCUGCCCGCUCACUAGAAAAUCCCCUGGAAAAAUCUGCUUCCAAUGGGUGUUUCCGCGGCGUCCCGGUCAGGGGUCGCCCGGGGAGGGCUAGCUACCGCUGCAGCCUCCUUGACGCCAGGAGCGUCGGACUCCGCAGGCCGAGGCUCCGCUUGCUCUGCCCGAGCCCCUCCCCGGCCCACUCUCAGGACCUCGGGGGCCACGCAGCUGUACCCGGUGCCCCGACGGCAAGUUUGCGGAGGAGCCGGGCUGGGCCUGCGGCGGAGCUGGGGAGGAGUGGCUGCCGCCGGCCCCCACAGAGGAUCUUUACUGUAGUUGCCCAUGUGGUGGUUUGAGCAGCCGCCAGGCUCCCCUAGCCUGCAGGAGGGGACGCCCUGAAGCUCUUCAGAAGCCCUGACACCCCGGCCGCCCCCGCUCCUGGCCUUUCUGUGUAAAGUGACCGAAAUGUAGAAGCACCCGCGGAACGCGGCAACCUGCCCCUUGGAGCGGUUGUUUAUUUUGUCGCGGAGUGUAGGAGGAUGUGGAGAGAGGCCAGCUCCCAGAAACCUAGACUUACCUCGGCGGCAGGCCCUCGACCACCCUUCACCUGCCGGCGGAUGUGGGGAGCAGCUCAGGUCUGCCCAGGCACCGAUGGGCUGUGUGGAGGAGGCAGAGACAGAA